AUGAAUCUAGCUGUAGAUAACAAUGCUUAUGGUUCUAAACAAGCUUUCUAUGUCACCAACAACAUGAAGCCAUCAUUCACCACCAUUGUCGGCUUCAAGGGGCUGUGCCUUGUAGCAAGUGAUGGUUGGGUAUGGUUGGAUAAGUGUGUGAGCCACGAUGCUGAACAGCAUUGGAUGAUAUAUCAAGAUUUGACCAUCAGGCCUCGAACGAAUAAAAAAGGAUGUCUAACGUGUCGUGAUGUGAACUUGCUCGCCGUCGUCGAUGGCUGCGAUGGAUGGAAGGAAGAACGACGGAGAUUUCAGAGUAAUGGCACCAUUUUACACGUGAAGACUGGAAGGUGUUGGAGGUCAAAGAAACUAAUGUCAACCCGCUUGAGCUUACGGUCACUGAUUACAACGAUCAACGACCUAGUCAGAUUUGGUUCCAGCGGCAGCCAUGAAAAUGGAUUUGAGUAUGCUAGCGUCUGUUUAAGUAUUGAAUAA